AUGUCAUCUUAUGACCAGAGCUCCGAUGCUGGGAGGCGAGACUUUCCAAGCGAUCGCAGGGAGACGAAUGAGAAGGAUUUCGAGGGAAUUAAAACGACGCGCACUUCAAGUCAAGCUGAAGACGAGAUGAAAGGAUUUUUCAACAAAGAUGCGAUCGAUGGAUUCGUGCAACGGUCCCUGACGGCCUGA